AUGCAGUUCGCAUUACCUCCGCGGCGGAGCCCGCAUCCUCUACCUCUCUCCCGUUCCUCUCGAAUGUCAUCCUACCGCAGGAAGCAACUAAAAUCGGUAGCUGUCCUGGCAUUCGCAAUAUUAUCCCUACUUUAUCUCCUUCACUACCUCUCCUCCUCAGCCUCCACAUCCGUUGCAGCUCCGGCAGGUACCUCUGGUGUCGUGCUCGUCACACUGCUAGAUUGGCAACGGUUCAGCGAGAGCUAUCUCAAAAAGAUUGUUGCAAACCGGGAGGAUUACGCCAAGCGCCAUGGCUAUACCAACUUCUUUGCAAGUGUCUCGGAUUAUGACGACGCCGUUGGUGAUGCCCCAAUGAGCUGGGCUGUUGCACCGGCCAUCCGCCAUGCCAUGGCUACACAUCCUCGCUCGGCAUAUUUCUUCCAUCUUGCUACUAAUGCGUUGAUCAUGAAUCCUACCAAAUCCCUCAAGUCUCACAUUCUGGAGAAGGGACGUCUUGAAGACUUGAUGAUGAAGGAUGUGCCCAUUGUGCCGCCAGAUAGUAUCAUCAAGACGUUCGCGCACCAGACGGAAAAGGAUGUGGACCUUAUCAUCACUCAAGACAGUGAAAAUUUGAACCCCGGGAGUUUCAUUUUGAAGAAUGGAGAGUUUGCCCGUUUCUUCCUAGACGUCUGGUUUGACCCGCUCUACCGCAACUACAAUUUUGCUAAGGCGGAAACACAUGGACUGGAUCACAUCAUGCAGUGGCACCCAACUGUGCUUGCUCGAACCGCGUUGGUCCCUCAGCGCAUUCUGAGCUCCUAUAGCAAUAGCUCGCCGGGUGCUUCUUCGGAUGGUACCUAUAAAGACGGUGAUCUCGUGAUUCAAUUCCAUGGGUGCGAUGAUGAAGAGGGGAACCGGGACUGUGCUCACGAACUCGACCCAUACUAUAAGCUAUGGGAGAAGAAGACGCAGACCGAUUAA